AGGCUGCGGUGAUUUCUAUGUGAUAAUCUAUGGAAGAAGACACCUUCGCGCAGAUCAAAUCUGUGGUGGAUAGCCUGCAAUAUCCUAUAACAGACCUUCAAAUUCUGUUAUCCUUACUUUGUCGCCCUCUCGACUCCGUAGGCCUUCUUCCACCACAAUGGCGUCGGUUCAACCUCGAGCCGCUCCAAGGACCACGAGCCCUUGACAUCGCAAAAGCCUUUCCUCCCCUUCAAAGAGUCUUAAUUGAGCACGUUUUGCCAACGUGGUCUACAGUCCUUGCUGACGAGGGUCAUCUACCACUCGCUGAUCAGUAUUUCUGCCCCGACGCGUUUGCUUUUGCACUAUCUGCUGCAGGAAAUGUCGUGCUCUGCGCUUAUUCCACAUUGCUCUCUUCAGUGCUCACAGAGCAAUCUAUUAGACUAUUAGCCAAGCUGUCGACUCAGUAUCCUAUUGACAGACUUCACACUGCUACUUUCGCUGGCAACGAUAUAUCAGCAAGGAAAUCGGUCAGAUGGGAUGACUGUCUCAGAAACGUUUCCGCAGUCCCGUUAAAAGCUGCCAAUGCAGUCGGCACGCGAGGAUUGCCCCUAGAACUUGAGCUCGCGACAUACUUCAAUGGCUUGAGUACCGGCACGGAGCGUUUAGUGUUCACUCUCUCCAGUUCGCCAUCGCAGGAUAUGAUAACGUCUGCCACACAGCUGUUGAUGAAACUCGUAAACGUUGGCGUGUUUCCAUCUUCAUCAUUCUUACCACCGUCCCAACCAUCCUUCUUUCGCUCCACACUAGCCACAAUCCGCGCGAGAUUUAGACAGGACGAUGACCACAGGUACUCCAAGUUCUGGACGGAUAUACUCCUUUCUCUUCCAUCAACGGUUGCUCAGCAGACUAUCUUCACAUCGCUAUGUUCUUCUCUGGUGCACUUACCCAGUAACCUAGGCAUGACAGCACAAGAAAGAGGCAUUGUCGUGCAAGAAUCCAUGUUGCUUCGUGCUAUGUUCGGAAUGCUCCAGCCAGAAUCAGAUGCGUGGAAUGCUGUGCUGAGUGUCAUGUUGACCCGCGAUUGGAAAGAGAGCCAUGCCAGAAUUUUCGUCAGCUGUGUAGCCGGUGCAAAAACCGGUCCUAUGAAUUCUGAAGCGCUCCAGACCUUAUUGGCAUGUACUUUGGACGUGUGGUGUGCUUCAGAGCACUAUAUUACAUCACUGCUACUUCUCAUUGUAUCGUACUUUCCUCGUCAAUCAGAACAUGUGGUAUCCACUGCGCUAUCCCCUAGCUUCGUCGCUGCGGUCGGUCGAUAUAUUGGUCAUUUGGACAAUAGCGUCCGCCGAUGUGGGAUGCUGGCAGCUGAAGUGGUUGCAACGCGUGCAGGAAAGAACUUGGAUUUCGGAAACUGGGAGGGAGAUGAGGACGGGAAGCCCUGGGCCAGAGAUCUAAGAGCACUUUGCUCGGCUCGAGAUAUUGAUUUUGACCCUUACGCAGGAGAUGAAUUAGAGCCAGUCACAAAGAAAUUCACCACCGCUGGUGUCCUGGAAGAUGCUGAAAUAUCAGCGUUGAGGCUCACAAAGGCUAGUGUAAGCACGACCGGCUACGACUCAGACGACUCACUUACCGGCUACGCAUCACCAACCUCCUCCCGUUCCGCGUCACCAACGCCCUCUGAGCUCGAUGAGCUCGAGAAAGACCCUACUCUACGUGUCGGAGUCAAGAAAAUUUCACGGCCUGUGUACCUUGCGCAGCUGGGCGAGUUGGUGCGAAGCACGAUGGCGAAGCCCGGCGAAGAGAACCAGGAAGUCGAUAAAAUCGAAAUAGCACUUAACGUCGCAGAAGAGCUGAUUAGGAAAAAGAGGGAUUAUGGGACUGAACUUGAGGAAAACGCUGCUAAUUUGAUCUAUGGAUUUACUUCCUUGAACGAUAACUACGAACUUGAGGGCUUCGAGAACAAGCGUCAGCGGGCCGUCAAUGCACUGGUAGCAUGCUGCCCUCGAGUUUCCGCCACGUGCAUCAUCGAAGAAUUUUUUAGCAAUCAGUAUUCUACAGAGCAACGCUUUGUCAUACUCAACGCCGUCGUACUUGGAGCACGAGAACUAGCGUCGCUCCCAGUUCAUUCCGCAAACUUGCAGCCUCUUGAUGAUCAGCGCACUGCAUUUCCUAGCAAAACCUUGCCUCCUGCGCUUCAUCAGAAAUAUCUCACUGCCAACGGUCAAGCCAGCGGAACUGUCCAAGGCUUGCUUGAGGGUGUCACCCGUGCAGCAAUAGACAGAGGAAAGGAAGCCACCGCUGACAAAGUACCAGAGUUCGUACGAGAACGACAGUUGCGCGUACGAAGACCUCUUAAAAUCAGUGAAGUGUCGCCUGGAGAAAGAGACAGUCGAGCACUCCUGCCAGGGCGAACUUCGCAACCUCAUCGGACUGCAUUCAUAGAUGUCGCAGCCGAUUACUUCAUUAUGCCGUUCAUCAACCGUUUUUGGGCGUUCCUCCGUAACGAGCAGAUGCGUGAGGAGAGAACAGCGCACCGUGAUGGUCGGUAUCGGUAUCACGGUGCUGGCACGGUGCUGUCGCAGUUUAUGGGCUCUCUGGCGCUGCUGGUACAUGCAGCGCAGAAUGCUCCGCAAUGGUUGUCUCUUAUUGCGCCAGGUGCACUGGAGCUCGCGGUCGCGUUGGGCACUCGACCAAUCUCAAGGGCGGUUAGCGAUGACACAGACUCGAUCGGACCACCUGGCGAAGCCCGGGGUAAGGAAGCUUCAGUGCUCACAGCCGCUCUUGAGCUUUCCUUGAUUGUACUGGAUGGUUGUCUCGAACUCGAUGGGGGACGCUCGCUUGGUCUUGAGCACACCGCACUACUGUUAGGUGCUGGAGAGUGGGCUGGGAAGAUUUUUGAGCUACUUGAGAAGGGAACCCUUGUGGAAGGUGGUGGGGGUUUACAUGAGGUUCGACUGCGUAGGGCUGCAGCAGGGGUGCUGCUGAAGGUUGAUGAAUUAACCUCAAAAUGGCGAAGGUCUAUGGUUGAUGUCCGAUAGUCA